UUUCCUCCACGCAUCUGCACCAGGCCUGCGCUCCACCCUCCUCCUGCGACUGGCGCGCACUCCAAGGCUCCUGCGACCCCGGGUGACCCAGACCGAGUGCCCUGCACCUCCACCGACCCGCCCGUCGCCUCUGCGCCCUUCUGCUCCCGCGACCGCACCCGCCGCGCGCCGCAGCCAUGGACCAGAUCGGGAGUGACAUGGUCGUCGAGCCCGACUUCGACGAGAAGCACCAUGUUGCCAUCAUCACCGCCGACAGUGACGACACCAUGGACGAAGCCGACGCAGACGAAGAGCCCCGCGCCGACGAAUUCGACGCCUUCUUCAAGAAGCACAUGCCCGAGCUCGCCGACCAGGAGACUGAGGCCGAGACGUACUGCACGUGGGAGAUCAAGGACUGGCGGACCCUCACCCGCCGCGAGCAUGGUCCUGUCUUCGACUGCGGCGGCUCUCCCUGGCGCAUACUCUUCUUCCCCUUUGGCAACAACGUCGACUUUGCCUCCUUCUACCUCGAGCAGGGCUUUGAGGAGAAGAAGGUACCCGAGGACUGGUACGCCUGCGUGCAGUUCAUGCUUGUCCUCUGGAACCCAAACGACCCGUCCAUGUACAUCACACACACCGCCACACACCGCUUCACCGCCGAUGAGGGAGAUUGGGGCUUCACGCGCUUUGCCGAGCUUAGGAGGCUGUUUGCGGCGAGCUGGGAUGAAAGAGGCCGGCCCAUGGUCGAGGACAACAUGGCAAACGUCACAGCUUACGUCCGCGUGCUCAAGGACCCGACGGGCGUUCUGUGGCACAAUUUUAUUAAUUAUGACUCCAAAAAGGAAACGGGCAUGGUUGGGCUCAAGAACCAGGGUGCCACGUGCUAUCUGAAUUCCCUCCUGCAGUCGCUUUUCUUUACCAAUGCUUUCCGCCAGGCCGUCUACCAGAUCCCAACCGAAAAGGAAGAGAACCGCACCGACAGCGCUUUCGCUCUCCAGCGGUUAUUCUACCUCCUACAAACGUCCAACAAUGCCGUGGCGACUACCGAUUUGACACACUCGUUUGGAUGGGACUCCAAGCAGAUUUUUGAGCAGCAAGAUGUGCAGGAACUAUCACGUGUGCUCAUGGACAAGCUGGACGAAAAGAUGAAGGGAACCGAAGCUCAAGGCGCCCUCGAGAGGAUGUUCGUGGGCAAGAUGAAGACAUACAUAAGCUGUAUCAAUGUGGCUUACGAAUCCUCGCGGAUGGAAGAGUUCUGGGAUAUCCAACUGAACGUCAGCGGUAACAAGAACCUCGACGACAGCUUCAAGGAUUACAUACAGGUCGAGACCAUGGAUGGCGACAACAAGUACCACGCUGAGGGGCACGGCCUACAAGAUGCGAGAAAGGGCGUCAUCUUCGAGUCGUUCCCCCAGGUUCUCCAUCUCCAGUUGAAGCGCUUCGAAUACGAUAUACAACGCGACGCCAUGAUGAAAGUGAACGACCGCUACGAAUUUCCUGACGUCUGGGACGCCUCGCCGUACCUAUCCGAAACCGCCGACCGAUCGGAGCCCUGGAUCUACCAUUUGCACGGCGUCUUGGUGCAUAGCGGUGACCUGAACGCAGGCCAUUACUACGCAUUCUUGAAGCCCGAGAAAGAAGGCCACUUCUACAAGUUCGACGAUGACCGAGUCACUCGGGCUACAGAUCGCGAGGCACUGGAAGAGAAUUUCGGUGGAGACUACACACAGGCCAAUGGAAACGUUGGCCAGCGAAAUCCCUACACGCGGACCUGGUCGGCCAAACGCUCUAUGAGUGCUUACAUGUUGGUGUACAUUAGGGAGAGUCGGUUGGACAAAAUGUUAUUGCCUGGGAUCGAAGUCAAGGCUCCUCAACAUCUUGCCGACCGUGUCGCGGAAGAAAAAGCGGCCUUCGAACGUAGGCGGAAAGAACGCGAAGAAGCACAUUUGUACAUGGAAGUCGCUGUGGCCUCCGAGCGAGAAUUCCGGCUUCACCAAGGCUUCGACAUCGUCCCCUGGAAAGCCGAAACGGAAAGUGACGCGAACCCAAAGGUGCAUCGUGUGCUCAAGGCAACUACCAUACUGGAGUUCAUGAACACAAUGGCCGAAGAGCUCGGAACGGAGGCUGAUAUGCUCCGACCCUGGUCCAUGGUUAACCGACAGAACGGAACCACGCGCCCCGACGUACCCAUUAGUUUUCUCGAGAUGUCGAUGGAUCUGGCAUGUCAGAAGUACGGCACGAAGACCGCACCAAUGAGACUUUGGAUCGAAAAGGCCGAGGAGCGCGACGGAGAUGGCAAGCCUGUGUUCGGUGGCGACUUUAUCGACGCGAAGAACCUACAAGGCAGCAAGACGUUGAUGCUCUUCCUCAAGCACUUUGAUGCCAAAACUCAGAGCUUGUUUGGAAUUGGCAACGUCUAUGCGUCCAGUUUGGACAAGGUUGUCGACCUCGGCCCACAAAUCUGCAAGGUCAUGGGUUGGCCCGCAUCUACUCAAUUCCAGCUAUCUGAGGAGAUAAAACAGAACAUGAUUGAGGGCAUGAAGCCCAAGAUGACUCUUGCUCAAUCAGAAAUCCAGGAUGGCGACAUCAUCACAGUGCAGAAGACGCUGUCAGAUAAGGAGAUGACCCAGAUCACGGGCUCUGGCGGUUACACUAACGCCAAAGAUUUCUACGACUAUCUUCUGAACCGCAUCCAAGUGGAAUUCGCUCCCCGAUUAGGCGAUUCGACGCAACUGCCCAUCUUCACAUUAACUCUCAGUAAGAAGAUGACAUACGAGCAGUUUUCCACAAAGGUCGCCGAACACCUGAAGAUUGAGCCUACGCAUGUCCGGUUUACUACAGUCAAUGCCGCCGGAAAACCAAAGCAAGCGAUCAAAUUCUCACAGCAGGGCACGUUAAAUAGCAUCCUCUUCCCCGGGCCCUAUACCUACGGCGGCAACACGAUGGUCCGAUCCGAUCAACUGUUCUACGAGGUACUGGACAUGAGCUUGAAAGAGUUGGAGCAAAGGAAGGCUCUGAACAUUACGUGGCUGCCAGAAGGUCUGACCAAAGAGGAGCAAUACCAGCUGAUGAUUCCGCGAAACGCCAGCAUAUCAGAUGUUCUGGAGGCUUUGCAGAAAAAGGCUAACAUAAGCGACGAGGUUAUGCAGAAAGUACGCGUAUUCGAAGCCCACAACAAUAAGUUUUACAAGUCACUCGCGCCUGACUUUCAGGUCAUGGGCAUUGGCGAAUACUUGCAACUGUACGCUGCGGCUUUCCCUGAUGACGAAUCAACCAAGAAAAUCACGGCGUUCCACUAUGACAAAGACGUAUCGAAGGUCCACGGUAUUCCCUUCCAAUUCUCCCUCAAGGAGGGCGAGGCUUUCAGCGACACGAAGCAACGUCUUUCCGAUUUUACGAAGAUCAAAGGCAAGCAGUUUGACAAGAUCAAGUUGACUCUGGUCUCAAGGGCGUCGUAUUCGAGACCGGAACCAAUUGACGAUGACGAGAUUCUCUGGGACCUGAUAGGCAAUCGGGACGAUAUAGCGAUCGGGUUGGAUCACGCCAACAAAACGCGGAGCUUCUGGGGCAAGUCCGAUUCCAUCUUCAUCCGGUAAAGGGGUGUACAGGCGGCAUGUACGUUUUAUUUGCGGGGAUUGAUAUUCAUUCCCAAGGUGUGCGGCGCAGUCUGGUAGCGACUGCUUGCUUUUUAUUUGAACUCGGAAUGCUUCUUGUGCAUAUAUAGACACCACAGAGUGCGUUCUCAUGGAUUGGAAUGUGAAGGUUGGUGUUGAGCACGUAGAGUAGGGCUAGCACGGUAGAGUGUUUUUGGAUGCGGGGCGGGGCGUGAGGGCUGCAUUAUGGAACGAAACGAGCAUACAUCAUCCGAUCAUAAAGAAUAAUGUUAUCAC